CAAACUUCCAUAGUUUCAUACUUCUUUUGUUUACACAUGGGUGAACUGUCUCUCCCUUCCCAAUAUACACAAGUUGAGACCACGAGAGUUACUCUUCAACAAACUAAGAGCAAGGACGGUUUCGUUGGAAACCCGAGAUUUUGGAAAGAAAAUUGAAUGAGCAUAGUUAUUAAAUAUAAUUAGGAAAGUCUGUACCGUAUUACGGAUGAUGUACAUGAAGCUUCUGAAAUCCACAGAAUGCCAUCUUCAAAUUCGGGAAAUGAGUUAUUAUUAAGAUUCUUUGAGUCUGCUCAUUUUACAAGUCAGCUAUGUGUAGCAUAUCUUUCACGCUAUCCUAAUAACAUUGGCAUCCAUCACUUUUUGUGUGAAAAACUCGCGUCAUUUUCAUACGAUGAAAUUGAAUUCUUCAUCCCUCAGCUAAUUCAUCUUGUCCUUAACAAGGAUGCUGAAAGCGUUGCUUUGGAGGAUUUUAUUAUAGCACAAUGCGAGAAAAACACGCAAUGUUCCCUUAUAACGUUUUGGUACCUACAGGCUCAUAUGGUAGACUUAAGCUUACAGCCACGUACAACGUCUUUUAAAAUAUGCAAGCGUCUUUACAAUCGUAUACAAGUUUUGGUUUUUAUGACAUCUUCCUUACAAUCACAACAAAAAAUUUCAGAGAAUGUUGCACCGGCAUUGAUACUUUCUGGAAUCAUGCUUGGCGGUGUUCUUGUUCCUGAGCUUUUGAAAAAAGUAGGACCUAUAGCCAUAGCUCAAGGUCGCAAGGCGCCACGGCAGGAUCCUGAAGAAUCAGGUACAGAUGUUUUAAAGCGUUUAUCCGCUGAGAGCCGUUAUUCUUUUGAUACUAUUCAAAAUUCAAGAGCGCCUUCUAUGGAUACUCAAUAUUCAGAAUUUCUUCGGCCAACACCAUCUCCCCUCGUUCGAACUCAUUCUUACCAAAGUUCAAGCACUCUUUCUGUUGGUGAACAGCGUCGUCUGUUACGUUCUAAUUAUUUUCAACAGGAAAUUCAGUUUUUGUUUGCUCUGCAAGAUAUCUCUAUUCGGCUUAUUAUUGUCCCACGGCUAGCACGACUUUCAUCACUUCGAGCUGAGCUGGCUUUGCUCAAUAAUAAUCUCCCUGCGGACGUCAAUAUUCCAAUUAUGCGGCCUUAUUAUAAUGAAGUCAGCCAUAAGAUCGUUAGAAUUGACCCCAAGGAAGCCACGAUUCUCAAUUCCGCCGAACGUGUUCCGUACCUGAUUGUCGUGGAAGUAUUAUCCGGAGAACUUAGCUUCGAACCGCAUUCAAAAAAUAAUAUCGGUAAAGUUCAGAAACUUUCUUCACACAAGAACAUUAAGAAACGGUGGUUCGAUUUGACGGAUGUUAAUUCAACGUCAGCUUAUAAUGAUAACUUGCAUCCAGAGGCCUCCGAAUCAGAAAGCGAAGCUGGAGAUUUGAGCAUGUCACCACUAGUCAGCAAGCAAUUCCCGCCUAAUCUUUCCGUGAGUAAAUCGGUUUCCAACAUUCAUACUUCCUCUUUUCGGGUUCCUAGUAUCCACAAAGACACAAAUGUUCUAUUAGUACCCGGUAGACUCUCAGAUUCUGGCGAACACAUUGUGACAAGCCGAAACAAAGCGUAUGCUUCCGAAAUAACUACAAGAAUGCGCGCAGCUGCAACUAUGCUUAGCCAACUUGAUAUUGAAGGUAGUAAACGACCAAAGGAUGAAACAGAAAGGAUCAAAGCCAGUAUAAUAUUGGACAUGCAACAUCUGGAAGAAGAGCGACUAAAUGAGCCAUCGACAUAUCCAGUUUCGGUAGAUAUUUCUUGUGCUGAGGAUUUACGUUCUAACAAGGAUGCUCAACAUCAAGAUAGAAAGGGUGAUCGGGAAGAUCCGAGUGCUGCAACUUUCCAAGAAGAUUGGUAUACCAAGAAAGAAAGAAUCCGCAAAUCUUCUCCUUAUGGACAUUUACCUAACUGGGAUUUGGUCAGUGUUAUUGUUAAGACAGGUGCUGAUCUUCGUCAAGAAACAUUUGCAUGUCAAUUAAUUCACGCAUUUCGUAAAAUCUGGCAGGAAAGCAAAGAAAAAGUGUGGGUUCGUCGAAUGAAAAUUUUGGUCACUGGAGAUAGUAGUGGUUUGAUUGAGACCAUCACGAACGCAAUUAGCGUGCAUUCUAUAAAAAAGAAUCUGACGCGAGAAGUUCAAGAAGCUGAAAUUUCUCAGGGAAAAGUACCCAGUAAGGGGGUAGCUACUCUCAAAGACUAUUUCAUCAGGCGCUUUGGAUCACCUACUUCUGACCGUUAUUACCAAGCCCAAACGAACUUUAUGCAAUCCUUGGUUGCCUACAGCAUCAUUUCAUAUUUAUUACAAUUAAAAGACAGACACAACGGAAACAUACUGAUUGAUAGUGACGGUCACGUUGUACAUAUCGAUUUUGGAUUUUUAUUAACGAAUACACCUGGUAACGUCGGAUUUGAGAGUGCGCCAUUCAAAUUAACCGCCGAUUAUGUAGAAAUUCUGGAUAAUCGUUUUGAUGAAUUUCGUUCUUUGAUGAAAAAAGCAUUCAAGUCAGUACGUAAGCGAGCAGACCAGAUUAUACUUUUGGUUGAAGUCAUGCAGAAUAAUUCUUCAAUGCCAUGCUUUCGCGGAAAGGAGAAUACCAGUGCACAGCUUUUACAACGAUUUCACUUGCAGCUCAGUGAAAAAGAAUGUGAUGAUUUUGUGGAUUUACUAAUUCAAAAAGCAAACUGCAGUGUAUGGACGAGACUUUAUGAUCUAUUUCAAAGCAUUACUAAUGGAAUAUUUUAAUAAAAAGCAACUUUCUUUUUUUUUUGCAUGCCUUCCAUCGUAUGCUAGAGGUUAAUGAGAAAAUAUCAUGAAACGUUCAUAGAUGAAGGUUUUUUUAAUCUUUCGAGAAUAAAUAUGACUACAUGGAUUGGAU